AUGGCGUUUUUAGAAUGGCGUCGAUUUACCUUCUUUGAUGUACACAAAAAUGUAGAUGGGGGGAAAAUUGCUGAAUGUCUGCAGGAUACUACAGUCUCUGCAACAACAAGUGGCCACAAUCAUAUAGUUGUGUGUGAUGUGACAGGCCUGGCACAUGUCAUAUCCCGGUCCUGGGAAAUCCUGUCCUUCAAGGCAUAUGAGUUGACCAUUACACUUGCACAACAGCUGCCACAUGAUCCAUUCUUAGUAACUAUUGGGGAAGAUGAGCCGGGUAUGAAUCCAUUAAUUAAAGUAUGGGACUGGUCACGUAAUGAUAGACAUCCAAGCUGCUCGUAUCUUUCCCGUGCAGUACCAUCUCAUAUGCGUCAAACUCCAGCAACAGCUCUUGCAGUUCAUAAUAAGAAUCUUCUAGCAGUUGGAUUUCAAGAUGGCUCUGUGUCAUUAUUCCGUGGUGAUAUUGCUAGACAGCGAAGCGUCAAGAUGAAAACUUUACCAGACUCUGGAACUAGCCCCAUUACUGGACUUGCUUUUAAGGGCGCGGACAAGUUGUUCGUGGUGAGCCGGUCGUGUGUGAUGGUGUACUGGCUGGCGGCGGAGCGCUGCGUGACGCUGGACGCGAUGGGCGCCGCGCCCGCCUGCAGCGUGCUGGCUGACAGGCACUGCUUCACUGUCGCCGCCACAGACGCGAUAUAUUGCUACACCACAGAAGGUAGAGGCCCUUGUUACGCCCUAGCUGGUGAGAAAGUUCGCAUAAACUGGUUCCGUAACUACCUGGUUAUUGUCACCAACGAGUCACCAACAAAGUCAACAGCAUCCACCAGCAACGCACCUGUUCCUAAAUCACACAAUCUAACUAUAUUAGACAUUCAAAACAAGUCCAUUGUAUUUGCGAAAACAUUCGAAGAAAUUGAUGCGGUUUUAACCGAGUGGGGAUCAUUCUAUGUUCUCACUAAGAAUAAAGAGAUGAUAUAUCUAGAAGAAAAAGAUCUCCAGUCGAAGCUGUCGUUGCUAUUCAAAAAGAACCUUUACGACGUCGCGAUAAGGAUAGCAAGCAGUCAGCACUACGAUGUUGAGGGAUUGACUGAGAUUUAUAAGCAAUACGGUGAUCACUUAUAUAGCAAGGGUGACCUUAAAAGUGCAAUAGACCAAUACGUUAAAACUAUUGGUUGGUUAGAAACAUCAUAUGUGAUACGAAAGUACCUUGAAUCCAGACAUCUGGAGUCCUUAGUCCAAUAUUUAGAGGUGCUUCAUAAAAAAGGAUUUGCUACCGAAGACCAUACAACGUUAUUGCUUACAUGCUAUGUGAAAAUCGAUCAACAUGAUCAACAGGGAAAGCUAAAAGAAUUUAUAAAUUCAAAGGAUAAGGCAAUCGAUUUUGAUGUCGACGUAGCCAUUAAGGUAGUACGACAAGUGAAUGCAGACGAUGCUCUAUCUCUGGCGGCGAACCAUAAACGUCACGAUUGGUACCUCAAGAUCGUUCUAGAAGAUAAAAAGGAAUACAUAAAAGCCUUAGAUUAUAUUGCAGAACUAGAGUUUGAAGACGCCGAUAUGUAUAUGAAGAAAUAUGGCCACAAAUUGAUACAGCAUGAGCCCGAGGAGAGCACCAAGCUAUUAAAAUUACUUUGCACCGACUAUAAACCGCGAAGUAAACCUUUGGUUGAUGAAAGUUCCUUAUCGGGUGGAUAUAGAGAACUUGUCAGGGCUCUUCCAGAUGACUAUAUCCAUAUGUUCCUAUGCAAUUCCGAACGUCUGAUCGAGUUCCUUGAGCAUAUGAUAUCUGCUACGGAUGCGAAGUGUUCAAGCCUAGUGUACAACGCGCUUAUUGAGCAUUAUAUACAUGUCUGGGCAAAACUUCCCGACGCUGAGAAGCCUCAAUACGAACAGAAAAUAUUUACGGUGCUAAAAGACCCUGAAGCGAACUACGAUAAAGAUCAGACGUUAAUUAUUUGUCAGAUGCUCGGAUUUAAAGCAGGAAUUUUGCACUUGUAUGAGGAGAAAAAAUUAUGGCGCGAAACUCUAUCAUUACAUUUACGAAGUGGCGCAGCGGAAUCAGCGCUGGAAGUGUGUAGGCGACGCGGGGCCGCAUGUCCGCAGCUGUGGCGUGACAUGUUGCGAGCAUCUCCUCCUUCGCAUUGUCUACCCGAGCCGCUGCGAGUGGCCGCGGAAUCAGCGCUGGAAGUGUGUAGGCGAUGCGGGGCCGCAAGUCCGCAGCUGUGGCGUGACAUGUUGCGAGCAUCUCCUCCUUCGCAUUGUCUACCCGAGCCGCUGCGAGUGGCCGCCACAGAGAAGCUUCUAUCACCUAUUCUAGUCAUUGAUUGCCUUGCCAGUUCACAGUCAUACACACUUGGAGAUGUACGCAAAUACCUUAUGGACGUUUUGAAAUCGGAGGAAGAAGUGAUAAACAGAGAGCAAGAACUGGCCGCAAAAUACAAAAGUGAGACUGAGAAAAUGAAAGCGCACAUACAAGUGAUUCAAAAUGAGCCGAUCACUUUCCAAAGUUCGAGAUGCGCGGCGUGCAAUAGACCAUUGGAGUUGCCCACUGUUCAUUUCUUCUGUCAGCACUCUUUCCAUCAGCACUGCUUCCAAAGCUUCUCGGAGACGGAAUGCGAAUGCCCGGCGUGCUCUCAGCCGAAACAGCGCAGCGAACCGCCUCCACAAACUGCUGAAACGUUGCACUCGCGACUGCACAAGGAACACGACCCAUACGCAGUGGUGUCCGAGUACUUCGGGCGUGGUCUAUUCAACAAGCUAACGGUGGUGACGGGGAGCUCGCAGGACACUAUUGCGUCCGCCCCCGCCCCCGCUUCAGUGUCCGCGGCCGCACCCGCUCCCACUCCAGCGCAGCAAACGUACGGCCCGGGUGCCGAAGCUAAACUACGGCUACAAGAAGGACAGAGCAAGCAAGUAUUCGUUCCAAACACAACAAAACAAAUGGCACCGAAAGGCACUGCUGUUAUCCCAGUGCCGGAGGGAAGAAUGCGUCUAAUGGAGCAACAGCAGUACGCGUCUAGUCUUGAAGCCAACAUGACCAAGCUAGAACCUAAAGUUCAUGCCAAGCCGUCGCCAUAUGCAUCGCCGACGGCCGCUAGGAAAAAAAUUCAAGAACCGAGUGAUUCGCCCAAAAUAUCAUCAGCAAUAUACAAUGGAGCCAGCAAGAAUCCAUUUGAAGACGACACGUACGACGAAACUAAAAAUCCAUUCUCAGAUGAAAAUGGAAGCAAGGAUCCGACAAACCCCUUCGCGGAGGAGUACGAAUACGAUAAGAAUUUGAAUCCCUUUACGUGA